CUCUCUCUCCGGGCAUCUGGGGGAUUUCCUGGGCGGAAGCAGCGGAGGGGGUUUCCAGUGUGAUCAGCCCAGUUCUCCCCGCUGGAUCUCUGAACUGGAUCCCAGUGACUUCUCUCUCGUAUACACACAGCACCGACAGAUCCCGGCGAGCCCGCAGAAACCAGAACCGGAACCCGGACCAUGAGGAGUCCGCCUGAGGCCCGGAGGCUGAACUGCACCGGCAGGUUGACGGUUUGAAUCCCAAAGAGAUCCGCUGAUCCGAGGAACUGCUGAGCUGAGAGCUGUGGCCUGCGGAGGAGAUUCAUCCCCCUCUGUCCUCCCAGGUCAUGUCAGCGGGGAGGAGUGCUGACGGGAGGGAAGUGCAGAUUCCCCUCCAGCAGGUGGCGCCCUCCCUGACCACGCCCCUCUCCGUGGUCCCGCCCCCUCACCGCCCAGCCAAUCCCUGGCCUCCCGGUGACCCCACCCCCUCUCCAGGUGUCCCUGCUGGGUUCCUCCCUCUCCACGGAGGGUUCAGAGACCACUUCGUGGAGACUCCAGAGUCUAAGUAUUGCUGCGAGGCCUGCAGGCUGGUCCUGUGUCAGCCGCGCCAGACCGAGUGUGGACACCGCUUCUGCCAGAGCUGCAUCAACGACAUCCUCAGUCGUCCCAGCGUGGUCUGUCCUGCAGACAUGGAGCCUCUGUUCAAAGACAAGAUCUUUAAAGACGUGUGCUGCCAUCGGGAGAUCAUGGCGCUCAAGGUGUACUGUCGCAGCGAAGCUAACGGCUGCCAGGAGACCAUGAGUCUGCAGCAGAUACCGGAGCACCUGAAUGUGUGUGCGUUCUACGAGGUUCCCUGUCCUCUGGGGAAAUGUAAGGAGCGAAUGAUGAGGAAAGAUAUUCCCGACCACCUGAGCUGGAAAUGUAAACACAGAGAGAGCAGCUGCGACUUCUGCAAGACCAAGAUGCCUCUGACGGACCUGCAGAAACAUAAGGAGACGGUGUGUCCGGCGUUCCCCGUGUCGUGUCCCAACCUCUGCUCCUUCUCCUCGCUCCCCCGCAGCGAGCUGUCCAAUCACCAACACGACUGUCCCAAAGCUCAGGUGUGCUGUCAGUUCCACCGCUAUGGCUGCACCUUCAAGGGGUUGAACCAGGAUCUGAGGACACAUGAGUCGGCGUCUGCAGCUGAACACCUGAGGAUGAUGGCCAAUAGGAACUCCACGUUAGAGAACAAGGUGGAUGAUCUUAAAGGGGAGCUGUUGGAGAGGUAUAAAGUGCUCCCAGCUCUCAGCAGUCGACUGUCUGACCUGGAGAAACAGAACGACGAGCUGAGAGAGAAGAACCGACAGAUGGAGCAGAAACUGGCCACCAUGCAGAAAGUGAUGAGCUCUCACUCUGAGAAGCUGCUGGAGACGGAGCUAGAGCUGCGUUCUCUGCGUCUGCUGCGAGACGACGUGGAGAACCUGAGAGGAACGCUGGACGCGGUCCGCACCAGACUCACCUCGCUGGAGCAGGGGGGGCGCAGCGGGACAGGGGCCAGCACACACACUCUGGCAUCUCUGGAGACUCAGCUGAAUCGCCAUGACGACAUGCUGAGCGUGCACGAGAUCCGAUUGGCCGACAUGGACCUGCGUUUCCAGGUGCUGGAGACGGCGAGCUACAACGGGACGCUGAUCUGGAAGAUCCGCGACUACAAGCGGCGGAAACAGGAAGCCGUGGCGGCCAAGACGCUGUCGCUGUACUCGCAGCCCUUCUACACGGGCUACUUCGGCUACAAGAUGUGCGCCCGCGUGUACCUGAACGGAGACGGCAUGGGCAAGGGCACGCACCUGUCGCUGUUCUUCGUGGUCAUGAGGGGCGAGUACGACGCCCUGCUGCCCUGGCCCUUCAAGCAGAAGGUGACGCUGAUGCUGAUGGACCUGUCUCUCUCUCUAACCUGUCUGUCUCUCUGUCAGGUGACGCUGAUGCUGAUGGACCAGGGACCAACCAGGAAACAUCUGGGCGAUGCGUUCAAGCCCGAUCCUAACAGUAGUAGUUUCCGGCGCCCGGUGGCCGAGAUGAACAUCGCGUCCGGCUGUCCGCUGUUCGUCUCUCAGAGCGUCCUGGAAACAGGAAGUUACAUCAGAGACGACACCAUCUUCAUCAAGGUUACCGUGGAUACGUCUGACCUCCCUGACCCGUGAUGUUGGACCCGUCUGACCUAUGACCUCGCAGCUCGCCCAGCGGAGCAAAGCAUGCUGGGAAGGAUCAGCGACGUCUCUCUGACGGCGCCGCCGACGCACAACGAGACAGACGGGAAGCAGCCAAUCAGAGUGGACUUUACAGAGGCCGGGGGCGGGGCUUCUCCUGAUUGGCUGCUGUGUGUGUGUGAAUGGAGCAGCGGGGACGCUGUUGCUGCUCAUUACUGAUGCCGUGCAUCGAGCUUUACUUCCUGUUUGUUACCUGUUUACCAAGGCAUGCUGGGAUAUCCACUGCAGCCACAGAGGUGCUUGGAAAACCAAAACAGACCCGAACAGACCAGACCAGACCAGAACAGAAUCACCAUCACCAAAUCCACCAGACU